UAAUUUUUAUGCUGAUUGAAGUGUUAAAUAUUGGAAAUGCAUGGAAUUCACUAUUACCGUAAAAGAAAAUGUCUACAUCUAACAUUGCAGUCAGAGUGGAAACCUGGCUUUCAUCCACAUGGCAUGUUAAAGUUCCUUUGACAUGGCUGGAAGCAUGCAUUAAUUGGAUCCAGGAAGAAAACAGUGGUAGUAACUUAAGUCAAGCUCAGAUUAACAAGCAAGUAUUUGAGCAAUGGCUUCUUACCGAUCUGAGAGACUUGGAAUAUCCCAUUUUGCCUGACUGCAUCUUGGAUGCUCCCAAAGGAGAGUUGUCAGGCUUCUACUCCAUACAGAUCGAUUCACUGGUUGAUGUUAGCCAGCCAGCAUAUUCUCAGUUGCAGAAGCUAAGAGGGAAAAACACUGUAAAUGAAGAAGUAACAGCCAGUACUCAAGCAUUUCAGAAGCCCUGGGAAGCAAAGCCUACUCGAAUGCUGAUGCUACAACUAACUGAUGGAAUACAUCAAAUUCAGGGCAUGGAGUAUCAACCAGUGCCUGUCCUGUGCAGUAAUCUUCCUCCUGGAACAAAAAUCACUCUACAGGGUAAUAUUACAUAUCGUCUUGGAGUCCUUCUGCUUAAACCGGAAAAUGUGAAAUUGUUGGGGGGCGAAGUGGAUGCUCUUCUUGAGGAUUAUUCUCAAGAAAGAGUCCUUGCUAGAUUAAUUGGAGAAACUGAAAACCGUAAUUCUGUUGGACAAACUGGUCUUGAGCAGACUUUUUCCAGGCCUGUUGAUGAAUUAGAACAAACUCUUGGCCCUUCAGAUGAAGAGCUUUUAGCUAGUCUUGAUGAAAAUAAUGAAUUUACUUUAAACAAUGGAACAUCUUUAGAAAGUGGAUACUGCAGCAGGAGCAACAAUUUAAGUACAGCCUCAGGUUCACUGACUGUACACAAUGGAAAUGUUUUGAUAGAGAAAUCUGAAAGCCCUUUGCCUCGUUCAGAUGAACAAGUUUCACCUACAGAAUAUGCUGAUGGCUUUUUAAAUGACUUUCCUGUAGAAGAUGACUUUCUUCUGGAAGAAGAGAUGCAAAUAGAGCUGGAUGAAGUGGUCAUGAACAGAAACACAGGUUUAAUUACUGAAGGACUUCCACAUACACAUAGAACAGUGUGCAAUUUGUCUUUAAAUGGCAUGUGUGAAAAAAGUGAUGUGAAUGAAAGAGAUAAAACUAUGGAAGCUAUCAGCAAGGAAAAGAAUUUUGGAAAAGCAAUAUUUGAUGAAGGUGGAAAUAGUACGAAUAGCUUUUUGCAGCUCGGAAGCAUACAUCAGACCUGCAGUUCUUCAGAUUUUUCUUUGGAAAAUCCUCCUGAAAAGGGGCAGAAUGAUACAGACUUAGAUGAAAGCAGCUGUAAAUUCCAGCACACUUCUGACAGCAGGGUGUUAAAUGGUGAUCCUAUAUUUUUCUCAAAAACAGAUCCAGAAGCAGAUCAGCAGAAGCAUGAUUCACAGACAUUUUCUUGCAGAGCAGUAGAGCCACAUUUAGAUUUGGAUUCUUCACCUUUCACAUAUAUUUCCCUUCUCCUUGCAAAAAAACCAGAAACUGUUACAAUUCUGAAAGUUAAGUGUUUUAUUGUUACUCUCACUGGAAACCUCACAAACAGCAAUGGGUCCUGGGGCAUAAAGGCAAAAAUUUCCGAUGGUUCUGCUUAUCUUGAAGUAGAUUUUGCUGAUGAUAUUCUAACGAGCUUGAUUGGCUUUUCAGUGCCUGAAAUGAAUAGGCUGAAAAAGGACCCAGCUUUACGUCUAAAGCUUAAGGAUGGUUUAGAGAAAUGUCAAAAACAACUGAUAGAUCUCUGUUGUUUGAUGACUAUUAAGUUUAAUCCAUUCCAGUCUAAAAGUACUGUAUUAAUCCUCCAGGAUGCUGAUGCAAGGCAUCUAGAACAAUUGAAGAAACGUUUGAAUAAAUAACAUGCAAACUUGCAGACUAUGUUUUAGGAAGCAUUUAAGUUAUAUUUCCCCUGAGGGACCAUUGGAAGUUAAAUUUUAAAGUUAAGUGAUGUGUCUUUUAUCAGGAAUUAUAAUGGAAAAUGAGAGAAGGAGACGACUUAACAGAGCAAAACCAACAGUUUGUUUCUUAUGGUGAUAAUAUUGAAAUAAACUUUCAAAUAUUUCUGUCUUGAUUUAAAAUACUCAUGCAUCACUUUCAUUCUACAAAAUCCUGUAUGUUUUGGACUGGUACUCCAAAAUGACAAAAUUUGUCAGGAAAUGUAUAACAACAAA